AUGGCGUCGGAAUCCGGGAUUCCAGCCACACCGCCUCCGCGUCAGAACCCACCUGUCGGCGCGUCUGGCUCUGACACUCCUCCCUUCAACACCAACCCUUCCGCUGGCGCAUCUGCCGGCGGAGUGUCUGCCUCGCCGGCUUCCGCGGCGGGAGCGGCGGGCGAGGAGCAGAUAAUGGAUCUGGAGUCGUACGCGGCGAAUUAUUCUGGCCACACGCGCAUCGUACGGCUGCGAUUCAUCGCGGAGCGGUGCGCCGCGAUAGGCCAGACCGCGAUGGAGCUCGAGGCGCUGCGGAUGGCGGCGGACGAGUUAAAGCGCGGCGAGAACAACGCGGCGUACAAGGAGGUCAUUGCGAAGAUCGCGGGUCGCCUAGGACCUAAGUACGAGCUGGACCAGGAGUGGGUGGAUUCGGUGGAGCGACGCGCCGUGCAGAAGCAGGAGAAGCUGGAGAUGGAGUUAAACGGUUACAAGGUAUGGCGCGGACAUUCUGCAGGGAUGAGGUUGUGCUGCAGAGACGAACUUGAUAUUGGAGUUUAUCCGUAUUGGUGCAACCCCCCUUCCCUCCACCCUUCCCUUCCCCCUUCCUUCUCCUGCCCUUCCUUCCUCCCCUCUCCUGCCCUUCCGGCCCCCCCUCUCCUGCCCUUCCGCUCUCCCCUUUCCUGCCCUUCCGUCCUCCCCUCUCCUGCCCUUCCGUCCUCCCCUCUCCCUGCGUACCCGCUACAGACGAACCUGAUAAAGGAGUCGAUCCGCAUGGGGUACAACGACCUAGGGGAUUUCUUCUACUCCCGAGGGGACCUCCAGCAGGCCUUCCGGUGCUACGUGCGCACGCGCGACUACUGCAUCACGUCCAAGCACACCAUCGCCAUGUGCCUCAACGUUAUUGUCGCGAGUGUGGAGCUGGGGCACUUUGUGAACGUGAGCAACUAUGUGCAGAAGGCGGAGAGAGGCAUGACGGACCCCAUCGUGCUGGCGAAACUGAGGAGCGCCGCUGGGCUUGCGAGUUUGGAGGGGAGAAAGUACAAGGCUGCUGCCAGGAAGUUUGUGAGUGCCAGCUUUGACAUGGGAAGCAGCUACUCUGAGGUGAUAGCACCACAGGACGUGGCGGUCUAUGGGGGUCUCUGUGCGCUCGCCUCCUUUGACCGCGCAGAACUCAAGAGCAAGCUGAUAGACUCUGUCAACUUCCGCAACUUCCUAGAGCUCGUGCCGGAGGUCAGGGAGCUCAUCUACGACUUCUACGCCAGUCGAUAUGCAUCCUGCCUCACGUACCUGGACAAGCUGCGCCCAGUGCUGGAGCUGGACCUGCAUCUGCACGACCACGUGGCAGCACUCUACCAGCAGAUCCGCCAGCGCGCUCUCAUUCAGUACACCACGCCCUUCAUAUCCGUUGAUCUCCGCACGAUGGCCUUCGCGUUUAACACGAAUGUGGCGGCUCUCGAGAAGGAGCUUGCAGCGCUUAUCAUGGAUAACCAAGUGCAGGCGCGGAUCGACUCACACAAGGGCAUUCUAUACGCUCUGGUCUCAUCAGUGUCGAUCGUUAUCUGCAAUAAAGCGCUGCUUUCCCAGUUUCACUUCAACUUCGCGACAACACUAUCCAGCUGGCAUCUGGUGAUCACAUUCCUAUCGCUGCACGUCGCGCGGACGAUCGGGUUCUUCGAGCACAAGGCUUUCGACCCUAAGGUCGUCAUCGGGUUCGGCUUGCUCAAUGGCGCGUCCAUCGGCCUACUCAACCUGACACUAGGGUUCAAUUCCGUCGGGUUCUACCAGAUGGCCAAGCUCGCCAUCAUCCCUUGCACGGUCUGCCUGCAAAUCCUCUUCCUGAAGAUGAGAUUCAGUCUGCAGGUGCAGGCGUCCCUACUAGUGCUGCUGCUGGGCGUGGGAAUCGCCACAGUCACGGACUUAGAGCUCAAUUUCGUUGGCACGGUCCUGGCUGCUCUUGCCAUUGUCAGCACCUGCGUUGCUCAGAUCAUGACCAACACGAUUCAGAAGGGGUACAAGGUGAGCAGCACGCAGCUGCUGUACCAGUCGUCGCCCUUCCAGGCGCUCAUUCUCAUCCUCUCCGGGCCCUUCGUGGACGCCUACCUCACGGGUCACAACGUCUUUGCCUUCGACUACACCUUCAACGUCAUUUCGUUCAUCCUGCUGUCCUGCUUCAUUGCAGUGGCAGUCAACUUCAGCUCUUUCCUUGUCAUUGGCAAGACGUCGCCAGUCACAUACCAGGUGCUAGGCCACCUGAAGACGUGUCUGGUGCUGGGUAUGGGCUACCUCUUGCUCAACAACCCCUUCAGCUGGCGCAAUGCAGGCGGCAUUCUGGUUGCGCUGGUCGGCAUGGUUCUCUACUCCUACGUGCAGAUCCAAGAGGCCAAGUCCAGAGAUGCUCAGAUUUCAGCUCCUCCCUCGGGUGGCUUAAGUUUUGAGAAGGCCAAUGACAGUGACCGUGAAACUGUGAGUUAA